CUUGUAUGUAGCUGUCGACUGACAAUUAACCAAUAAACGUGCACGCAUCUGGCAGUGGAGGCGGGACUACGCAGGGGCGAAGGUAGUGUGUGAAAAGUGUAGAGUAGCAGGAACGGCGGAGCGGGUAGUACGGUGAGCUGUCCCUAAUCUCGCCAAAAUGACCAAGCUGGGCUUCCUGCGUUUGUCCUAUGAGAAACAGGACACGCUGCUGAAGCUGCUCAUUCUGUCCAUGGCUGCUGUCCUCUCGUUCUCCACCAGGCUUUUUUCCGUCUUGAGGUUUGAAAGUGUCAUCCAUGAGUUUGAUCCGUACUUUAACUACCGUACCACCCGCUUCCUGGCGGAAGAAGGAUUUUAUAAGUUUCACAACUGGUUUGAUGACAGAGCUUGGUAUCCCCUGGGAAGGAUCAUCGGUGGCACCAUUUAUCCAGGACUUAUGGUCACGUCUGCCGUCCUGUACCAUGUUCUCCACUUUUUCCACAUCACCAUAGACAUCCGGAACGUCUGCGUCUUUCUUGCUCCCCUCUUCUCCUCCUUCACUGCCAUAGUCACCUACCACCUCACCAAGGAGCUAAAGGAUGCAGGUGCUGGGCUGCUGGCGGCCGCCAUGAUUGCAGUGGUUCCCGGUUACAUCUCCCGUUCAGUUGCUGGCUCCUAUGAUAAUGAAGGUAUCGCCAUCUUCUGCAUGCUGCUGACCUACUACAUGUGGAUCAAAGCUGUGAAGACUGGCUCGGUGUAUUGGUCCUCCAUGUGUGCUCUGGCAUACUUCUACAUGGUGUCCUCAUGGGGUGGCUACGUGUUCCUGAUCAACCUCAUCCCCCUCCACGUGUUGGUGCUGAUGCUCACAGGCAGAUUCUCUCACCGGAUAUACGUGGCUUACUGCACCGUGUACUGCCUGGGCACCAUCCUCUCCAUGCAGAUCUCUUUUGUCGGCUUCCAGCCAGUGCAGUCAUCGGAGCACAUGGCAGCCUUCGGAGUAUUUGGCUUGUGCCAGAUUCACGCCUUUGUGGAUUAUCUGCGCAGCAAGCUCAAUGCACAGCAGUUUGAGAUCUUGUUCAAGAGUGUCAUAUCUCUGGUGGGCUUCAUCCUGCUGUCUGUGGGCACUGUUCUCAUGCUCACAGGUAAAAUCUCUCCCUGGACUGGUCGUUUCUACUCGCUCUGCUGGGACCCCCUCCUACGCUAA